CUCCUCAAACCAUAAAAAUAAGAUUAUUAUUAUAAAAGAGCUUCAUUGGAUUAGAGGACUGAACUUUGCUUCUCUCUCUCUUCUACGUCUCCUUCCUCUCAAACGGAAAACAACCGCAACAGCAGAUUUGAAGGGAGUACGCAAUUGAUGGAUGGAUAUUCUGGUAAAAGAGCCAUUGAUGGGGUGGUAGUCCCUAGAAAGGGGAUGGGCCUUGCAUUUAGAGAUACUGCUAAUGCUAGAGAUCGAAAUGGUCAGGUGUGCAGCCGCAUUACUUGCAGCAGCAGAGUCAAUACUCCUAAAGGCACUCAAAUUGGUUCUUGUGAAAAAGGUAAAUCUUUGAAACCUUCAAUCCAAUCUUCUUCAGCUGGCAAGGAAGCAAUUGGAAGCUCCUCUAGAACAUGUUCCAAGACUAGUAGCCCUGGAAAACCACCUGUAAAGCCUCGGAAAUCACCAUCAUCUCAGUUAGAGACAGAUUCAUCUGAAACUAGUAGUGUACAGGAUGAUUCAGAAGCUUCAAAACUCACCUCUCCCCCUCAAAAAAGUCAGACAGGGGGUCAAGCUGAAUUGGAAAAUACAGUGUCUGGUAAUGUAAUGAUGGAGGUAGGAAGCUCUAGUAUAGUAUCCAAUACAAGAUCUCGGAGGAAUUUUCAUCCAAAUUCUGGAUUACGUGGCCAAGAAAUUAAAAGCUCUGGUUCAGUGACUCGUGCUGGUACCAGUAGGUAUGGAUUGAGGAACCUCAAAUGCAAUACUAUUUCUGAUGUCAUCCCUGCUGGUUGUUCACCUUCAGAUUCAACCCUUAACAGAAGGAAGGAUGUCAUAAAAAAGAGAAAUUGUGAAGGGGAAGGUAGUUCCACUACUAGAGGGAAGAAAAUGAGCGGGUCUUCAUUAGAAGCACGGAAUUCUGGCCCCAGAAAUGGCAUAUCUAUCUCUGAUACAAGAAUAUCUAGGAAUACUCAAAGGGACAGGUCAGACAGCAACAUGGCACCAGUUAGAACUCGAAAAUUGAUUAGUGGUCAUACCAGGGGAAGGCUUUCUAGCCAAGGAAAUGCUAAUCCUGUGCCACCUAAUGAGUCCCUUGUCAUGAUACCUUCUUUGCCUCGUUCUGGUGGUCUUAAUAUUCCUGGUGUAUCACGUCAUACUUCUGUAGAUAGUCCCUUAAGUUGUCCUAGCUCUCAUAGCAGACCAGGUACUGGCAAUGAGGAGUUAUACGGUGUUAUGCCUGUGUCUCCUUCAGAAUUUGGCCUCACUCAUUCUCUAAUGAAUCUGGAUAGCUUUCGACGACGUUACAACAUUGAUAGUAUUGCAGAGGUAUUGGUGGCACUUGAGAGGAUUGAACAAGAUGUUGAGCUAACACAUGAGCAAAUUCGUUUACUGGAAUCCAACUUGUUCCUUACUGGACUGAACUUGUAUGAUCCACAUAGAGACAUGCGAUUGGACAUUGAUAACAUGUCAUAUGAGCAAUUGCUGGCUUUGGAAGAGAGGAUGGGUACUGUGAGCACAGCUCUAACAGAGGAAACACUAUCAGAAUGCCUAAAGAAAAGUGUCUACCAGUCCUCACCCUCUGACAAUGAAGCUGAGAGUUGCAAUGAACCUAAGGAUGAUACAAAAUGCAGCAUUUGCCAGGAGGAAUAUGUGGCUGCAGAAGAAGUGGGGAGUUUGCAAUGCGAGCACAUGUAUCAUGUGGCUUGCAUACAGCAGUGGCUACAGCUAAAGAACUGGUGCCCUAUUUGCAAAGCAUCAGUGGCACAGUCAAAUUCAUCACCAUCCUAAUGAUCCCAUCAAUUGCAAUGUUAGGCCAGACGAGGGAGACUGAUUUCUUUGUACCCCUCUUGCUGUUCAUUUUUUUCUUCAUCACUUUUGUACAAAAUACAGUUGCUCCUCACUUAUUUUUAUUGGUCAUUUGUACAUAGCCAAUAUUUUCAUUCCCAUUAUACAAUAAUCCAAGCCAUUGGCCUGAUAUAGACUGGAACUUCUUGAUAAUCUGCUGGUGCAAUGUCUUACAGCCUUCCUCUUA